CUGAACUCAGGUGCAGUGUUUGUCCUGCAGCUGGGGGCGCGAGCGCCAAGCUCGUCUCUAGAAACAGCAGCACAGCACGAGCUUUUCUUGAUCUCUAUCUGAUCAUUAAUAACUGCAUCCGUGGCUUCGUGCACGAGCGCUAACUCUAAAUUCAGUCCAGAGAAACGAAGAAACUGACCGAGAAGGAAUAAAGUUUUGUGAACUUCGUCUGUCCAGCACAAAUUCAACAAGUCUCAACCAAAGCAAAGAUUGAAACAAAAGUGCUUCAGACGGGAUAAAGAAUAUGAAAAGUGCUCAGACUUGCUUCUCAAUCAGCUGCACUUGUCUUUGAGAAAAACAGCCUGAAGUGUUUGCAGAAGAUCAACAUGAAUCAGAGAAAACCUGCGAGAGGCCGUCAAAAUCAGCUCUUCACCCCAAAUCACAUUCAUCCAAACCCAAAACACCUAUUUCAGCUAAACGUUGGAAUGACCAAAUUCACCAUCAGAAGCUGUCAAGCUCUCAACUCAUUCACUUUCUGAAAACAAGCAGAAAACUUCUGUCAUCAGCUGAUGAAGUCAAAUACAGGCCAAACAUAACCGAGUCUUCAUUUGAUCUGAUGCAGCAACAAAACAUCAGCGCAGCAGCGUCUGUGGAUCAGAGAGCCGUGGCUUUGACCGGUGCUGAGGAGAACCGGCAGAAUAAGAGCUUUUCUGAGGAGAACGUAUCUGAACCCAUGUUUGCAGAGAAAGAGAGCAGCGCUGAUGUUUCCUACCACUGGAUGAUUGCCACAAACACUGAACUGUGGGACACUGGGGAUAUUUUCUCAGAUACAGAUCAGUCCUUGCCAGAGCCGUUCCCAAAUGAAACGACAGAUUUUAAUUUCCAAGAUGACUGUAAAGUUCCUGAUCUCUGGAGCCGAAGCGUGUGUCCCUCAGCAGAAGAAUCGUGGCGUCUGAAGGACGGUCAGAGCCCCGACACGCUGACUGACCGCGCUGAAGAUGACCACGCUGAACAUGUCAGAGUCCCAGAGUUUCAGAGUCGCAGAUUUGAGGAGAUGCCAGUUGUUAUCAGCCACAUUAUUAACCCCAACAAGUUCUUCAUCCAACACAAGGACACAAAUCUCUGUGAACUCUCUGAAAUCAUGCUCAGAAGGAAUAGCAGCAGAUCUUUUGCGGAGAUGAAUCUCAUCCCAGACGUUGGAGUUUAUGUCAUGGUUUGGUUUCUCAAGCAAGAGAUGUGGAGCCGCGGCCAGAUCAUCAGAAUCUGUCAGAUGAGUCGAGGGCCCAGCAGCAGAGGUUGCACAGACAUUAAGGUGGAGGUCAGGAGGAUUGACUAUGGAGAUGUUGUUUGCGUCUCUCUUUGGGAUGUUAAGGAACUGUGUGGAGAAGCAGCAUCCAAACCUGUGCAAGCGCUGCAGGUCUCUCUGGUGAAUGUGAGGCCAGUGAAUGGAGAAACAUGGUGUUUUGAAGCGAUCAGCUGGUUCAAGAGUAAAGUGCAGAACAAGACUCUUUAUGCCAGGCUUUACCCAGAAGAAGUAGUUUUGGUUGAACUCUUCAUGGAAAAGGGAAAGAUUGGUGCUAUGAGGAGAGGAGACUCUCUGUCUGUGAGACUUGCUCAGAAUAGAUUUGCCAUUCAUGAAUGUAACAAACCCAGGGGCCUGAAGAGAAGAAGUGACGUCCCAGAACAAACCAGACGGCAGUCGUUACAGUGGGAGAAGUAUCUGAUCUCCUGUUACAGUCACAACAGGAGAUACUUUCAAAAGAACAAAUGCAGUAAGAAUAAAAGAUUGAACUUGAUGAAACAGAUUUGCUUCCUCUUCUCUGCAGUCCUCGAGUCCACCAUGAACUGGGCAUCGUUUUACGCGGUGAUCAGCGGCGUGAACAGGCACUCGACAGGCAUCGGCCGCAUCUGGCUGUCGGUCAUCUUCAUCUUCCGGAUCAUGGUGCUGGUGGUGGCGGCCGAGAGCGUGUGGGGCGACGAGAAGGCGGGCUUCACCUGCAACACCCAGCAGCCCGGCUGCAACAGCGUGUGCUACGACCAGUUCUUCCCCAUCUCACACAUCCGCCUCUGGGCUCUGCAGCUCAUCCUGGUGUCCACGCCGGCCCUGCUGGUGGCCAUGCACGUCGCUCACCGCCGGCACGUCGAGAAGAAGAUCCUCAAGAUCUCCGGCCGCGGCAGCGCCAAGGACUUCGAGAACAUCAAGAGCCAGAAGUUCAAGAUCACCGGUGCUCUGUGGUGGACCUACAUGAUAAGCAUCGUCUUCCGCAUCGUUUUCGAGGUGGUUUUCUUGUACAUUUUUUACGUGAUCUAUCCGGAUAUCAAGAUGGUGCGUCUCGUGAAGUGUGACUCCUAUCCCUGUCCCAAUACAGUGGACUGUUUCGUGUCGCGUCCUACAGAGAAGACCAUCUUCACUAUCUUCAUGCUGGCCGUGUCUGGAGUCUGUGUCUUGUUGAACAUUGCAGAGGUUGUGUAUUUAAUAGGCCGGGCGUGUAUGAGAUACUUUCAAGGAGCAGUGGGUGAACCCAAAGCGCCUUGGCUCACUCAAAAACUGGCAACUUACAAGCAGAACGAAAUAAAUCAGCUGAUAUCAGAGCAUUCGUUCAAACCCAGAUUCAACGUUGGGCGAAAGCCUCCCAUGGAUAAGAGCGAACGCUGCUCUGCUUUCUAGACGGAGGUUUCUACCAACCAUCAGUAGUUAAUGGAAGGUGGAUGUCUGUAAUCAUAUUAAUCGAUUGUCAUUGAUUUACUUUGUUACUUUCAUUUAAAAGGCCCCUCUACAUGUGAGGAGUGAUCAUGCACUCUUAA